AUGGACGACGAUGGGCACAAUCCGAAUAAUAAGAACCACUCUCCAGACGAGGGAGAGGAUGCUGCAAAGCCCAAUGACCAAGAAGAUUCCAACAGCGAUUCUGAUAUAGCUUCAAAUGCUGAUGCUGAUGAAAAUGGUUCUCUAACAAGUAAUCCCAAGAACGAGAGCCAAAAACCAAAAGGCCAAGAAGACGUUAGCAGUGACUCAUCUAAUAAAUCAUCAAACGGUGAUACCGGUGACAGUGACGCGGAUGCAAACAACCCUAGCGAAGACGAAGAGAAGAAAAAUGGAGAAGAGGAAUCUCAGUCAUCCGUGGAAGAUGUCGCGCUGAGUCAAUUGACGCCCAAUAAGUCAAAACCAAAACGAAAGAAGCUUUCUACAUUGAAACAAACUAUUGCAAAGAAGCCAAGCGGCAAGAAAAAAAAGGAAGACUCGGACGAGGAAUUUGUUGUUGAAGAUGAAAAGGAGGACGAUGACGAUGACGAUGACGAUGACGAUGACGAUGGGGGGGAGGAAGAGGAGGAAGCAUAUGUCCAUAGCGAAAAUGGCAACGACGAAAGUGACGACGACGAUGCUCCUCAGUAUAGCAAUAGUGCAAAGAAGAUGAAGCAAACAAAGAAACGCAAGGCAAAGGUUCCUCUAAUUCCAAAAAAGAAGUCAAGAAAAGCAACCAAGUCUGAAGAAUCUUCUGAAGAAGAAGAAGUUUCAUUGAGCGAUGAAAGCAGUGUCGCCCUGACACCUCGUCGCAAGAAAGGACCAUCUCGGCGCAUUGUCGACGAAGACGCAGAACCCGGAAGAGCCCACAAGGUAUUAAAGAGAAGAGGGGAUUCCAGCGAGGAAAGCGACAGCGAAGACGCCCCAACAAACAACAAAAAGUCGAGACGUCAGAGUCCGCGUCGACCAUCGAAAAAAGUGACAGUUGAUAUGGAUGAUUCGUCGUCGGACUUUAGCGACGGGGAGAACAUGGACAAUGAGGAGACUACUCAGAAAAAGCCGAGCAAACCCAAAGCCAAGAGGAAGAAAAAAGCAUCAUCUUCUGACUCGGAAUAUUCCGGAGGAUCCAGCUCGGAAUCAUCAAUGGGGGAAGACGACGAAGAAGCAUUUGUGGAUGAUGAAGAAGAUGAAGGGUUGGAAAAAGACGAAUCAUUGAUUGGAGAUGCAGAUCUUUCGGACGACCAGGAAGUCGUCCAAUCCGCAAAAUCCAAUUCCAAAGCGGCGAAUGUCGACCAAGAAAAGAUUGGAGAUGCCGAUGAAUCAUCUUCCUCCAGUAGCGAGGACGAAAACGUAGAAGUCUCGGCAGCGAAGAGUCCUGCAAGCAGCAGGAAAGGAAGAGACGAGAUUCUUCCAUCGCAAACAACGCUUUAUUCAUCUGAUGAUGACAGUGAUGCAGCUGAUGAGACCCCAAAGAAAUCCAACAACAGUCGACUGGACCGCUUCCCACCUUGUCCGUCCACCGAGGAUGCCAUUACCUGUGUGACCCUCCCAAAGAAACAUAUUUGCUUCAUUUCUCCUGACGGUUCCUCUCGCCAGUGUUUUGCCUUGGAGACGUUGCGAAUGGCAGCAAUCAAGUGCAGCCACAGCACGACUCGUACGGAUAAUACUGGUGAACAACACAUGAACUUUUUGCAACCACCACACUUUCGGUCUCCCAUGUCCAAUAAUUUAUUGGAUCAGAUCGCUUCCAAGUUUGGACGAGACGCUAUGAAUCCACAAGGCAGCUAUUAUAAUCAAAAGCGUACCACCAAUGGUAUCGACACAUAUUUCAAUGCUGGAGCAGCGGCUAGAAACGCGGCGGAUAUAGAUGUGGAUGAAUAUGUCGAUUAUGAUUAUGAUGCGGACGACUUCGGGCACCAUUUGAACCGCUACGUUGAUAGACAAAUGGGAAGUCAAGAUGUCUAUGUUUGUCCGUUGUGUUAUAGGGAAGUUCACCAUCGGGUCAAUCGCAUAGAUCGGAUCACACGUAACGAUGAAGAGGACUACUUCAAAUUUGUCGACAGGCAUGAUCCCAUCACGGUCCUAGGAUGGAUAGACAAUGAUAAGUUUGAGAUGGCAUCAUUAUUCUGCUUCAAGAAAGUGGUCGAUGUGAAGAAACAUCUACGCGAGGUGCACGGAGUCGAUACAAAGCAAGUCGUGGGCAAUGACUUGUACAAGCAAUACAAAGUUCGGGACUCGGAUGCCCUGCUUCAGCGUUGGGUCAAGAAGACGUGGAAACCCAAAAGUGGAGGCGUGAUGCAGCACUACUGGUACUCUGGGUUCAAUCAGAGCUAUGUUUAUCUGUUGGACCAGAUAAAACUUGCAGAAAGUUACCGGCAGAUCUUGGACUCUGUCUCCGAUGAAGACAGCGUCACCGAUAUGGAGAAGGAGGCAGAGGCAUAUCUAUCCAAAAUUCAAGACUUUGCAGACAAAUUCCAAGAUAAGGCCAAGCAGCUAUGGGAUUACAUUUCCGAACCAUUCGGCAAGAAAGAAGACGAUAUAAAGAAGUGGCUAGAUGAGGGCGACGUGGAGGAAGAACCCGGGGAAUUUUCUCACGCUGCUGCAAUGCGAGAUAUGGAAAAUAACUAUGAGUCGGAUCAAAACGAUAUGAUGCAUAGGUUGGAACGAAAGUAUGCAGAAUCAUCAAACCACAAGAGGAGUGAUACUAGUGACGACGACAAAUCCUCGUCUUCAUCAUCAUUGGAAAUUGUUGACGCUCCAAAGAAUAGAAAUGGUGGGGGAUCUUAUGCAAAAUCUGAAACAGAAGAAGAAGAGAGUGACAACAUGGGGUACUACUCGGAAGUAGAAGAAGAAAACGAUGAAUGGGUAAUAAAACGGAAACAGAGACCUACCAGAUCUUUGAAGGAGACUCGACGAGAGACCAAUAGUACUGGUACUAGUAGCGACGACGAGGAAGAAAAAGAAGAUGAGGAAGAUCCUGCCGUUGCAACUGUUCCAUCCCGACCGUCUACUCCAUCCCCUCAACAACAAACGGGAACAGCAAGUGAUCAAGAGGCUGUCGUUUUGCGAACAAGUAGCUCCAAGAAACGUCGAAGAAUUGCCAUUGAAGAUAGUAGCGAUGAGGAUUGA